UGUCGUACCUAACUGCGCAUGCGCAAUUGUGCACUCUGGACCGGAGCAUCAGGCCAUGGACUCUGUGGCAGCGCAAGCGAAGCGGCUCGGUACUGGGGUCCUAGAGCUAGCCAAGCGCUACCAAGAGCUCAUUGUGAGGGAUCCCGAGCUGGCUGGUCGGUUGGAGUCUGGGUUUCGCCUGGCCAGCUACCUCGUGCCGGGGUUGGUGGGCGGGUCUUGGGCGGUCACCGAGGCAUCCUACUCGGCAGCUAAUCUCUACUGCCUCCUGAACGACUACCUGGUUACCAGGAAAUGCCCGUCUGCCAGCCCCCUGCACAGGGUCCCUCGAGGUCAACGAGUGGUGCUGUGGCUCCUAGCGGUCCUGGAAUGUACGGAGGUGAUGCUGGAGGUGACCAGUGAGCUGGCAGUGGGUGAGCCUGGCAAGUGGGCCGUCGUCAUCCUCCUCCAGUGUGUGAAGGCUACUCUCAGGGGAAUCCUGGUGUUCUACAUGAAGAGUGGACUUCUUACCACUCCUGCUGUCCCCAGUCCCGACCGCAAACAUGCUAAGGAGGCCCAAUCUCUGCCCCAGUUGGGAGAGGGCCAGCCGCUGGCCUGGAGAGCUCCCCGCACGGGCAGAGUAGUCCGCUCCAUUCACACGGACCCUUCCAUCCCCUUCUCACAGCUCCAGGGUAGUGUCACCCCCUCCCCCCUCCCCUCCUCCUCAUCUCGCUCUCUCUCUACCCGGCAGCUGGCAGCCGAAGCUCUCUACAUUUCUCGGCCUCUCUUGCACCUGGCAUCGAUGUUCAGCUUCUCCCAGGGAUCAUGGAAGCCGUGGCUCCUCUCCAUGACCCUUGACCUCGCCAGCCUCCAGCUCCACGGAGGUCUCCUCCGCUGGAGGUCAAAGGAGAACAAGUCCGAGAUUGUUCGUCGUCGCGUCUCUCUCCUCCUCUACCUCCUGAGGACUCCGUUCUACGACCGCUACACCAGGGACCUCCUAGUGAGGCUACUCAGCUACCUGGCAGCCACCAUCCCACUCGUGAGAGUGGUGGUCAACCCAAUGCUCGGCUACCUGCCUUCCUGGCAGAAGACUUACAGCUACUGUUGGAGCUGAUAAUGACAGGGGCAGACCCAAAGUCAUAGCUUAAAACUGACGUAAUAAUUGGCAUUACCAUGUUAUACACUUCACAUCAAUUUUGUUUGUCAUUCUCAAUAAUAUUGUUUGGUAUUGUAUGCUGUUUGAAAUUCGAAAUUGCUCCAUGGGGUGUCAAUGUCUAGCGGUAUUACUUUUUGCAGUUUGAGUAUGAUUAUUAUAGGGGAGAUGACUUACAGCUGAUGGAGCUGAUGCACAUCAGUUAUAUAACCACGCGAUCGAGACUUUGAAGAAAAAUAGCAACUGUUACAAUUGUGCAUGUGUUUAGUGAUAUAUACUCAAAGCAUUGUAGGCUGGAGAGUGGAGACUGUUUUUCAGUCACUAUUUCCAUGGAGUGGUUCCUCUGCUAGAGUUGGGAGGUGAGGUGCGGUGGGAGGAGGC